AACACUAGAAAGAGAGCUGAGAAAGAAAGAAAGAAUGGCCUCAAAAAUGUUGAUGAUUCCACAAGUUCGACAAACAAGUACUCAAACCUUCAUACCCGACAAGUCAUUACAGAAGCCAUUCGUCAAUGGCAGUGAGAGUAGCGCAAUUAGGCCUUCAGUCAAUUUAAGACGUCCCUCACUCCUCCAUACUAAGCAAAACACAAGUGUUAGGGUUAGUUCCUCUCCUAAUAACAACACCAAAGCUCUUUUAAGCGACAUUAUUAAAAGUAUUACCGCCAAUGUUAAGGGCAUUGUGACCGUCAAAUCAUCCAUCGGAGACCUUCUCAACGUUGGGAUAGACGAAGGACUUGAUGAUGCCACGGAUUUGCUCGGGAGAUCAAUUCUCCUUGAGCUUGUUAGCGCUGAGCUUGAUACUAAUGGAAAGGAAAGAAGUACAAUCAAAGCGUACGCACACAAAUCGAGCCUGUUGGAUUUGGGAGAUGUGAAAUACGAAGUAGAUUUUGAAGUUCCAAAAGAUUUUGGACAGCCUGGUGCAAUUCUUGUCCAGAAUCAGCAUCACAAUGAGAUGUUCUUCAAGGACAUUGUCCUCCAUGGCUUGCCCAAUGGCACCCUUACCUUUAGCUGCAACUCUUGGGUUUGUUCCAAGUAUGACAAUCCUCAGAAGAGGGUCUUCUUCGCCAAUAAGUCAUAUUUGCCAUCCGCGACACCAAGUGGGUUGAGAAGGCUGAGAGAAGAAGACAAGAUUAGGUUGAGAGGGAAUGGCCAAGGAGAACGAAAGAGAUAUGAUAGGAUCUACGAUUAUGAUGUGUACAACGAUCUUGGGAAUCCUGAUCUCAUCCCCGACCACAAAAGACCUGUUCUUGGCGGCGAAGAACACCCCUAUCCCCGACGUUGUCGUACUGGCCGUCCACCUAGUUUGACAGAUUCACAAUCAGAGUCAAGGUAUGCACUUCUUUUCUAUGUCCCUCGUGACGAGAACUUCUCGGCGGUAAAGACAGUAAAUUUCGGAGCGAAGACGCUCUACUCCGCCUUGCACGCAUUAGUACCGACGCUGGAGGGACUACUAAUUGAAGAGGAUUUCCCACAUUUCACUGCCAUAGACACCCUCUUCGAUCAAGGGAUUAAGAUUCCUCCCAAUAGUAACAACAAAGGACUUCUCAAAAGUGUCCUGCCUAGGCUAGUCAAGGCCGCUUCCGACGUUGACGACGUCUUGCAAUAUGAGCCCCCAGAAACAAUGGACAGGGACAAAUUCUUUUGGCUGAGAGAUCAGGAAUUUGGUAGGCAGACUCUCGCAGGUCUCAAUCCACAAUGCAUUCAGUUGGUUACGGAAUGGCCCUUGAAGAGUAACCUCGAUCCGAGUAUCUACGGCCCGCCAGAGUCUGCAAUCACUACAGAAAUAAUUGAGAAAGAAAUAGGUGGUCUUAUGUCUGUAGAUGAGGCUAUAAAACAAAAGAAGUUGUUCAUAUUGGAUUACAAUGACCUGCUAUUACCAUAUGUGGAGAAAGUAAGACAACUUAGCGGCACAACACUGUACGGAUCACGGGCACUGUUUUUCCUAACCCCACAAGGUACGCUGAGGCCUCUGGCCAUUGAGCUGACUCGGCCGCCGAUCGACGAAAAGCCGCAGUGGAAGCAAGUCUUUACACCUUGCUGGGAUGCCACUGGUGUCUGGCUUUGGAGGAUUGCCAAAGCUCAUGUUCUUGCCCAUGAUUCUGGCAUUCAUCAGCUCGUUAGUCACUGGCUAAGGACACAUUGUUGCACGGAACCUUAUAUAAUAGCAACAAACAGGCAGCUGAGUUCAAUGCACCCAAUAGCUAGAUUGUUGAACCCACACUUUAGAUACACAAUGCAGAUCAAUGGUCUUGCACGCCAACUCCUAAUCAACGCAGGUGGCAUCAUUGAAAGCACAUUCUCUCCUGAUAAAUACUCCAUUCAGCUCAGCUCCGAUGCCUACGACAAGUUGUGGCGAUUCGACAAUGAGGGGUUGCCAGCUGACCUCAUCAGCAGAGGACUGGCUGUUGAGGACCCAAGUGCACCGCAUGGGCUAAAGCUAACAAUUGAAGACUACCCUUUUGCCAACGAUGGUCUCCUUAUCUGGGACGCCACCAAACAAUGGGUGACUAACUAUGUCAACCACUAUUACUCAAGCGCAAGCCAAGUGGAGUCCGACGAAGAGCUCCAAGCAUGGUGGACAGAAAUCCGAACCGUCGGUCACGCGGACAAAAAGGACGAGCCAUGGUGGCCCGUUUUGAAGACACCUCAAGACCUGAUAGAAAUCGUCACAACAAUGAUUUGGGUAACAUCAGGCCACCAUGCAGCCGUCAACUUCGGACAGUAUGACUACGCAGGGUACUUCCCCAACAGGGCCACUAUUGCGCGAACCAACGUCCCGACGGAAGACCCGAAACCGGAGGAGUGGAAGUACUUCUUGGAGAAGCCUGAAGGCACGCUUUUGCAGUGCCUGCCGACGAAAAUUCAGGCAACGAAAGUGAUGACCAUUUUGGAUGUGCUGUCUAGCCAUUCACCGGAUGAGGAGUACAUCGGGGAGAUGUCGGAGCCGUCGUGGAGCGAAGAUCCGUAUAUAAAGGCGGCUUUCGAGCAGUUCAGCGGGAGGUUGAAGGAGAUUGAAGGGAUUAUCGACGAGAGGAAUGCUAAUGCUGAAUUGAAGAACAGAACUGGAGCUGGGGUUGCGCCAUAUGAGCUUUUGAAGCCGUUUUCGGGCUCCGGUGUCACCGGCAAGGGUGUUCCGAACAGCAUCUCCAUUUGAAACGAGUGAUUAAAGUGGAGAACUAAUAAUGGAGCUGGAGAAUAGUCGAUGAUCAUGUUUUUGUGUUUCAAAGAACCAGAGAUAAGUUUUUAACUAAUUACAAAGUACUAUCUCCUCACGUGGUCAAUAAUUUGCAACUUUUACAUUAGAAUAAUGUAAUAUCAUACAUGCGGCAAGAAAGAAUGCAAACUUUAUUAUGAAUGACUGUA